CUCUGGGUGGGAUAUGGUGUAAGAUGGCGUUCAAAAACAGAGGGCUAGUAUUUGGACUUCGUAUUCUACUGUUCUCUGUGACGCUACAGUUUUCUCAAGCAGCUGAGUCGAGUGUCGUUGAGAUUGAGCCACAGAAGGGGAGUACGAAUGGAGGUACACGGAUCACGAUAACGGGCCAUAAUUUCGCUCGGAACCUGUUCAACUUCGGAGAUGGGAACAGCAAUCUUGGAAACAAAGUGUAUCUUGUUUCCUCCACCCGGAACUUCGAAUGUACCAUCCACCCCGAUGGUUGCCAUGAGAAACAGAUCACGUGCUACACCCCCAAAAUGCCCACAGAAGAGUACUCGGUCCGGGUCUAUGUGGACGGGGUUCGAAUCCCGGACGAUGACCAUUGUAAGGCGAAUCGUCAAAAGUGCACCUUCAAGCCCGAGUCACAUUAUACACCAACCAUAGAUUAUGUGGAGCCCACAUCCGGUAUCCCUGGGACGCUGGUCAAGUACCGUGGACGUAUCAUCACGAGUCUGUUUGGUACCAAUGAAGUGGUCAGUACUAAUGGUCAGAGUGCCCGGUUUGUCAGAGUCUACAUGGGAGAUAACCUCUGUGCACUGAAGGACGAGAGACAAGAUACCUUCUUCGGGAUUGACCUUGACUCCGCUGGGCAAAGCUGGUGGGGGGCGCUGAAGUGCAAGCCGAAAACUACAUAUGUGGGCUUCAUGAAUGCCAGUUUCAUCGUCGACGAAUGGUUUGGAAGGUCAAAGCCCGACUUGGAUACUCUCCGACCCAGCAGUACUGGGAAGAUCUACAUGUACCAAACAUAUGCCCCUAUCUAUGGCGUCAGUCCCAGCGAAGGCAGUGAGAAAGGAGGGACCAAACUAACCAUCACUGGGAAACACUUUGACGAGACUGAUGCAAAGGUCAAGGUCAUGAUUGGAGAUACGGAGUGUCGAGUGACAGAGCCUGUGACAGACACGCAGAUAGUCUGUGAGACGGUGGCUGCCCCUGCUGCGGCAGCGAAUUACGAAGGUGGCCGAGGGUUGAAAUUCGAGCUAUGGAACGCCAGUAUGACGGGCCUUAACGACUUCAGCACGUUGACAACGACCGCCGCCGACUACUACCCGGGGACGAUCGACAGCGGCUACUACAAAGACAUGAAUGCGAUGGACAGAUUCAACGCCAGGGCUUCAGGAUACUACGUUCCUCCUCGUACAUCCGACUAUCGUUUCUACAUCAUGGCAGAUGAUAACGCAGAGCUUUACCUCAGCACUGAUGCCAACCCUGCCAACAAGGUGUUGAUGGCCAAAUCCAACGUUGACAGAAAGUACACAGAUGACCCGACAAACCAGGAGUCGGACGUCGUCACUCUCACCAAAGAUGAAAGGUACUACAUUGAAGUGUUGAUGAACGAAGGAGCUGGACAGGCGUACUUUCAAAUAGCUGCGCGCGCAUUCGACACGACCUUCACCGCAUCUCAGACAGGGGCAGCCUGGCAGGACGUACAAGAGCUGAAGUUCUCCUCUACCGUCGUCAAGGAUACCCAGAGAGUGGUUCUCACUGUACCGGCGUCGCAGACGUUGACGAAGGAGGUGCAGACUGUUACUGUCGUUGGCAACAGAGAAACCUACUUUCGGCUCGGUCUCUUUGGAACCUACACAGAACCCCUCCGCUUGACGACCAGUGUUGCACAGAUGGACACCGCCCUGUCCGCCCUGCCCAGCCUCUCCCCUGAUGGGGUGACAGUACAAAAAGCUGACGAGGGCGCGGGGGUAAAGUUCACCAUCACCUUCGACAGCGAGAGAGGCAACUUUCCCGACCUCACCUAUAUGUUCGAUGCCGGAGGCCCGACCGACUGCACAAUCACCAUUGCUGAAAAGACCCCAGGGAGAUCACCAUUAACACACUUUAGCCUCAAGAUGCAUGAUGUCCCCUCCCCGAGUGUCAAGGUCACCGCCAGUGACAGUGACCUGAAGGAGGCAAUGCUGUCGUUGUUCAGCGUCCGUUGCCCCAAAAUCUACGACAACCCCCCUAGCAACAAAUACCUAAUGAAUUUUGAGAGUGGAGUGCACCUCAGGUAUGGCGUGCCGGUGUCAGACGAACCUCCGUUCUGUGGCCGCUUCUCGUCCAAGAACCCUCAGUAUUUGUAUCUGAAGGAUACAAGCUCAAAAGGAAUCUCCCUCUCACAGUACAAGGUGGUGUGUCUUGCCUAUAGAGGCUUGGUGAAGAACCUUAACAUGAAGUUUGACUACGAAGAGGAGGAUGGAGAUAGAAUAGCCACGUGGAAGAACUUCAAUGUCCCGGCAGUUGACAACCCUGACAAGUGGGCGUACACGUGUAUUGACCUGAACAAGAUUGCGAAUGACCACAGAUCAGGUCAUAUUGACUACCGGCUCCAUCAAAUGAGACUCUACCGCUCCAGCUCCAUCGAUGACGUCUACGUCGACACAGUAUCCGUCGUCAGGGAGGACACCACGGAUGAUCUCGCUGGUAUCAACGUACGUCGUUUGCAGCAAGGUAAACCAAACGGUGCGUUCGUUCGUGGAGUAGACGUUACCAAAGAUGGUGACAAGAACUACACCAUUGCCAUCGACCCGCACAAGUGCGGCAACAACUUCCCUCUCUUCGCUGCCGAAUUUGCGUCAACCGUAUCUGGCAGCUCCAGUGUUGAUGUCAGUGUAACCCGCGUGUCUGGAGCCUCGCCGCCGAUAGCCGGUAACUUCCAGGUCUCCUUUAAAGGGGAGAAAACUCAAGCUAUAAAGCCAAGCGCAACGAGCCAGGAAGUAGAGGCACAACUGGAGGCGCUAGGCACGACGGGAGAUAUGCAGGUGGAGCGCGAGGGGGACUGCGCCAAUUUCAAAUACAUCGUCACGUGGGCCAGUCAGCCCGGUGACCAGGAAGAAGCGACGCUAACAACGGGUGAUGUGACAGGAAAUGAGUUCAGCAGCGCUGUCGUGACAACUCGGAACGGCAGUGUGUGGUACGACCCAAUCCAGGGCGACAUGCUUCGGACAAUUACUGACAAACCAGAGGUGAGAGUCAUGGUGAACAACAUCCCCAGUAUGUGCGACGGCGACUGCGUCUUCGAAUGGACCACCGCUGCAACACCGAGCGUCACCGCUAUCAGCCCUGCAAACGGCACACUUGCUUUAAGUACAGUCCUCACAAUCACCGGGACAGGCUUCUCCACCACAGCUGAUAAUAACAAGGUAAUGAUAGGAGGCGUGGCGUGCGCCGUUACCGCAGCAACAGCCACUCAGAUCACUUGUACCGUUGGCAAUGGGCCAACCGGAAGUUAUGUUGUCAUGGUCAGCGUGGACGGCAAAGGGAUGGCAAAUAGCACUGAGCAGUUUGAAUAUGAAUCAUCUGUGACCGGCAUUUCUCCAACAACUGGUAGUCUGGCAGGUGGUACAUCAUUGACCCUUUCUGGACACGGGUUCACCAGCGACGCUGUUGUAAAGGUUGACAACGUUGUGUGCACGUCUCCCGUCAUUGAACCUGGCCAGAUCGUCUGCGUCACGCCUGCAGCGACUGCAUCGUCAAAAACAAACGUUCCUGUAACCGUUGAGCAGACUGGUGCGACCUUGACCUCUCCCCACGGAGUUCAACUAUGCCUCCGCUGCAACAGCCGUCAUCAGCGCCAUCUCCAAAAGCAGCAGCAACGUCAGAGGUGGCGAGUCCAUCACUAUUUCCGGGACCGGGUUUGGUGCAAGUGCGGAUCCAGCGAAUCCCCUGACACUCUGUGGAAAAACUGCAAACAUCACCAGCUACUCCGCCACCGAGAUAGUCUUCGACACGCCCUCAAACCCGGCCGGGUCUUGUGCCCUCAUGCUGAAGAUCGGCGUCUCUGGAUAUGCGGAUACCACUAUUUUAUGUUUGACAGCACCAACAGUAUAUCCGCCGUGACGUACACGCUGAAAGUGACCAACAUCCAUCCCAAGGUGGGCUCAAUGUUUGGCGGCACUAAGGUCAUAAUUACCGGUGAAGGGUUCGUUGCGGGUGACGUUGCAGCUGCUGUGGUGAUGUUUGGCCCCCACAAAUGUGACGUGAAGUCAGCAACAGCAACCACGGUGAUAUGUACCAUCGCCUUUACAGGUGUCGUCCACGAGGUCGCCAAUACUGGAUCUGAUCCAGUUCAUGGUGAAGGCUAUGCAUGGGUCCCUCACUUGAGUCAGAUAGCCGAAGGGGACAGUGUCCGCUUCAGAUGGACUACCCCUGAGUUCAUGUCCGGAAUCCUCUACCGCAUCAUACAAGUAAAGAACGCUAGCACCACGGAGCAGGUGACCAACGGGUUCAAGUCCGGUGAAACUCGAACAGCAAAUGGUGCCUAUACUCAGUACUUCCCCAACACCGGCCACUUCUACUACACCAGUGACUACAUCGACGAGGGCAAGAAUAUCCUUGCAAGGGGAGCAGUGAAGGUGAACGCUAGAACGUCACACACAGAAGUUCUGACCUUCACUAUUGGCGGCUAUGAAGCGACCUAUGACCCAUCUGGUUCAGAUCCGACCGACACCUCCAGCUGCCCUGGAACAACUGCCUCCAUUUCUGGUUGCACCGACCCAGAACCGGCAGUAAAGGACGCUGCAAAGUUCAACUUUAAAUUCUAUAAGUGCAGCUCGCCUUCUGUCACGAACAUCAGCAAAGUUCAAGGCACAACUGGUGACGUCAUCACUAUCGAGGGAUCCGGAUUAAGCGACACUGAAUGCCAAAACGAGAUCGUCAUUGGCGACGCUGUUGGUAUUGUCGAGGACGGUGCGUCAAGUAGCUCCGUCUCCUUUAAGAUUGAUCCGUCCACGUCUCCUGAGAUUGGAAAGCUUGACCGUUUGAGUGUCCGUGUUGGAAACAGAGGUUACGCGAAGAGCGGAAACAGUGGAAAACCACUGACCUUUGUCCUACUUCCGUACGUGUCUGCGGUCUCACCCUCAACCGGGUCAAAGGCCGGAGGAACAAAGGUCACUAUCACAGGAACAGGUUUCCAGGGAACGACUAACAACAUCACCGUUGACAUGCAGGGAUAUUCGUGUGACGUCACGAGUGUGACUUACACCGAGAUUGUCUGUGUUACUUCUGGGACGACUCUCGGGCAGAAGACGAUCUCCGUUACCGUCGCAGCUGGCGUAAAUGACGUUCCCGCUGAAUGGAAGACUGGCGUGGAAAAGACCUUCACCUUUGCCGAGUCUGAGACGCCCACCGUUACUGCCGUCACUCCAACGUCUGUCAGUGGGUCUUCCACGACAAUUACCGUCACUGGCACCAAGUUCGGUACCGACGCUGCAGCCCUCAGCGUAAAAUUGGAUGAAUCUGUCUGUACAAUCAGCGGUUCCGUUACAGACACGACGUUCGACUGUGCCGUCGGCGAUGUGUCCGUGGGAAAUCAUGACGUUGAAGUCGUUGUAGCAGGAAAGGGGACUGCUACACCCACGGUGAAGGUUGAGAGUUCUGCUGUCAUAUCAGGAAUCACACCCACCACGGGUAGUGUAAACGGCGGAACGUUUCUCACCAUCAACGGCAACGGAUUUGUUGAUGGCAAAACCACGGUGCAAGUCGGCGGAGAAGAUUGCGUGGUUUCUGCGGUGACUCCAAGUCAAGUUCAGUGUGACACGUCGUCUCAUGCCACAGGGGCUGUCGACGUCGUUGUCGUAUCCAAAGGAACGACAUACCCGACAUCGACCGCAGCGUUUACGUACGACACCGCUGCGACUCCGACCUUCACCUCUGUCUCUCCCAACACUGGCGUCGCUGGCGACGUCAUAACGGUAACUGGAACAGGAUUUAGUGCCACCGCCGCGGACAACGCCAUUGUCAUCAAUGACGUCACGUGUGUCGUCACGACAGCCACUGCAACAACAGCCACGUGUACGCUUGGGAACCAGGCAACUGGAACGUAUCCAAUCAAAGUGGUUGUAGCAGGGAAGGGAGCAACUACUGAUUUAACGUUUACGUACGAAGUAGACCUCACAACUAUUUCACCUUCUAGGGGCAGCGUUGCUGGGGACCAAAAGGUGACCAUCACGGGCAAGGGUUUCGUGACUCUCAACCGACUGUGGAGAUUUGUGGAGAAGCCUGUACAGCCGUGGACACACCGGACCAGUCUGCCACACAGUUCAUCUGUCGCACACCGGCUAAAGGUAACGACUUACUUCAUCGUCAUAGCUAGAGUGAAUGUGUCAACUGCACAAGCAUGUGACGUUGUCGCCACUGUCAACGGUCUGACGUCGACGCUUGCGUCAUCCUAUACCUACGAUCCUGCCUUGACCCCCGAGAUUACCGGCGUGUCCCCCCGGAGAAGCGGCACAGGGGGUGGCAUUACAGUUACCAUUACGGGAACUGGAUUCGGGUCUGACUCUAGCGCUGUCAAGGUCAGUAUUGGAGGCACGGGUUGUCCCGUCAGCACUGUGACUGCCAGCCAGGUUGUCUGCGUCACUGAAAGAAGCACGUCUCAGAAAACAAAGGUCAGGGUCGAGGUCAGCGGAAAUGGUAUCGCCAAGCAGACCGACGCCGCCUUCGAGUACAUAGAUGUGUGGUCGGCCAAAGCCACGUGGGGAGGGAAUGAUCCCCCAGGAGUUGGGGAGUUGGUCGUCGUGCCCAAGGGUCAGAUUCUUCUACUGGACACAGACACGCCCGUCCUCAAGAUGCUGCUUAUCCAAGGUGGUGAGCUGAUCUUCGAUGAGAAAGACAUCGAGCUGCGAGCUGAAAGCAUCCUUAUCGUGGAUGGGGGAAAGCUUCAGGUUGGUACGGAAGACGCCCCUUUCCAGAGUAAAGGAAUCAUCACUCUGCAUGGGAGUCUACGGGCUCCUGAACUUCCCAUAUACGGAGCAAAGGUCCUCGCUGUGAGGAACGGAACAUUGGACUUACAUGGAAAGAAUGUAGGGGCGACAUGGACGCGUCUCGCCUCCACCGCCGCAGCUGGGGCCACUACCAUUACAGUCGAGAAGCCAGUAAACUGGUUAGUUGGGGACUCCAUCGCCAUAGCAACCACGGGUGGUAGGCACAGCCAGGAGGAGACAGAGGUCAGAUCGAUCACGGCCAUUUCUUCAGACAACAUGACCUUGACCUUGGAUACGGCUUUGACGUAUGGUCAUUUGGGUGUAACAUUGACCUUCAGCGGUAUGUCCGUUGACACAAGAGCCGAGGUUGGACUGUUGACCCAUAACGUUGUUGUGAGGGGGUCAACCAACACCCAGUGGCAGGACUCGAUCGAACCCUGCCCCGCCGGAUUUGACACUGGUGAGUUCGCCACGCAAACCUGUUUCCAAGGCCGAUUUGGUCAUGAGUUGGGAAGUGAUGAGUUUGGAUCACAAAUUAUGAUCCACGCUCCAGAACGGGACACAAACAUCGCCAUUGCCCGUAUCAGCUACACCGAAGUCACAAACGCCGGACAAGCCUUCAGACUUGGGAGGUACGCUAUCCACUUCCAUCUGAACGGGGAUAUGUCUAAGUCGUAUGUCAGAUUCAGCUCCAUACACAAAUCCAACAACAGGGCCGUCAACGUCCACGGAAGCCACAAUACGUACGUCGAACACAACGUUGUACACGACGUCAAGGGCGGUUCACUGUUCUUGGAAGACGGCAUAGAGACUGGCAACUUCUUCAGAUGGAAUCUUGCUCUGUUCGUGCGCGCAAGCAGUAGUCUUUUGAACGAUGACAUCACGCCAGCCGCGUUCUGGGUGACCAAUCCAAACAACACAAUCAGCCACAAUGCCGCCGCAGGGGGUACCCACUUUGGGUUUUGGUACCGGAUGCAUACUCAUCCUGGCGGUCCAUCCAAGACGACUGAAGUGAGAUGCAAAGAGGUUCCUCUCGGCAUCUUCAGUAACAACACUGGUCAUUCUAAUGGGUGGUUCGCUCUUUGGGUCUUUCAAGACUACUUUCCAAUAGAACUGGCUGUAUUCGAGAACCUGUUAGCAUACAAUAACCACAAGGGAGCUGAAUUUGUAAAUACAGGCAACAUCCAAGUCAAGGGAUUCAAGGUCUUCAAUAAUGAGGUUGGAAUUGAAAUAAAGUCUCUAAAGAACGUCAACCAGUAUGAUGAAACUGGACCAAUGAUCAGGGAUUCACUAAUAGCAGGUCGUCACCCAGAUUUAACCCCCGCCAUCACGAACCCAUCCUUUGGAUUGUCCCUACCAUGGGGAAACGGUCUGCUCUUGAAAAACCUGAGCUUCGAGAAUUACGACCAAAGCCAUUUGACCGGAAUGCGCGUGUCCACUUCGGAUGGAAUAUGCAGCCAUCUUUGCGGUGGUUUCAUAUACAAAAGCACAGGUCUCACAUUUACAAAUGCCGACCGGAAGUUCAAGUUUGCCUGGGAACAUGAAGCCGCCAUGAUAGACCUUGACGGCAGUUUACUGGGCACAGCCGGGGCGUCUGUCCUGCCCGCCGUGGACAUUUUACCUUCUUCAGAGUGUACGGACGAACCAAGCUGUAGCUACGGGGUCGCUGCUAAAAAGUGUAACCCUGGCGUAAAUUACCAUCGCUUCGCCAUGAAAAACCCAAAACCAUCCAGUCUCGAGGGCAAGAAACUUCAGUUCACAAACGCCGCGGGGAACAGCGUGUUUUCGGAGUUUGCACACAAGAGGGUGACUCACAAGCCUGGCUGGAUGGCUCUUCUUGUCGAUGGAGAUACCUAUAACUUGACCUUUGAGAAUGCAGAACAUGUCACCAAUAUAAGCUACGAUGCCACAGUUUACAGAUUUUUGACCAACAACCACAUGACAUUUUGCCAGCGGGUCGAACGUCCUGAUCGUUUCUCCAUCGCCGACUCCCCCAUCAACGAAACCGUUGGUGGUUUGAACGUCAACACCGACGUCAACGGGGCCUGGUAUUACAAGGAGAGCGAGAGCCAACUCUGCUACCUAGUAUCCCAGAAGACAAAAACCACAGUGAACAGCGAGGACCGGAACUUGAAAAUGAAGGCGUUUAAGUGUUUGUACAAGAACUGCAUCCCUCCGCCGGACUUUAAGGAGUUAAGCAAACGACCCGACAACGCUCUCCUGUAUUCCGACCUCAACACAUGGGACUUCCAGGACAAGCAGAAACCGAAAGCGAAUGAAGAUGUCACCAUUCCGCAAAAUUACUGGAUCGUUGCGGAUGAGGAGAGCAUCCCUACCCUAGGUACUGUGGUUAUCAUCGGCGCGCUUGAAUUCGAUAACGUCGCAACGAAAACCUUUAACUUCCGAGCAAAGAUGAUUGUCGUGUACGGGCGGCUUGUGAUUGGCUGGCCAGAUAAGCCCUUCCUGGGUCAGGCUAACAUCUUCCUGUCAGGGUCCCACAGCUCACCGCCUUAUCCCGUGGAGGAUGGCCCUCCAGCCGGCGCCAAGGGGAUAGCUGUCUACGGCGGUCUGGACUUGAAUGGCAAGAGCACGGGUAUGACGUGGGCGUCCCUAGCAACCACGGCAGCAAAGGGAGGUAACCAGGUAACACUGGACGAGGCUGUGGAGUGGAGCGUGGGAGAUGAAAUCCUUCUGACGGCGACGUCUUACAAUGCGUGGCACACGGAGACCUUCAAGAUCUCAUCUGUAUCAUCGGACAAGAAGACCUUGACGCUGAAUACUACCUUGGUGUACACGCAUGACGAUACUACCUUGGUGUACACGCAUGACGGUAUGUAUAGUCUGUAUGUGUUGGUUGGUUGGUUGACGCUGAAUACUACCUUGGUGUACACGCAUGACGGUAUGUAUAGUCUGUAUGUGUUGGUUGGUUGGUUGACGCUGAAUACUACCUUGGUGUACACGCAUGACGUGGUGUCGGAGACCCUAGGGACGGGACACAACUACACCGCGUCCGCCAAGGUGGGACUUUUGACAAGGAACAUCAAGAUCAUCGGAGAGACCUACUCGGGCCUGUACACGGAGAGUUUCGGCGCUCGGAUCAUGGUAGCGACAAGCACGAGGGCCAAUGGGACCGAAUCAUACAGUGGCGUUGCCAAGGUCAAGAAUGUCGAGUUCUACCUCACGGGUCAGGAGGGAUACACCAGCUCCUACGACCCUCGCUUCUCCCUCUCCUUCAUCGGCAUCCGCAACGACGACAAACGUGUUUCCUACGUAUCCCACUGCUCCUUCCACCACGGCUUUUCCCCAGCCAUCGGCGUCUUCGGCGUCAAGGACCUUCAGAUCGACAACAACGUCAUACACCAUGUUGUCGGAUCGGGUAUCAUAUCUGAUUCAGUAAAUACACAACUCUUAAGAAACCUUGUCGCCUUGACAUUGUGGCCUGGAUCGUAUCAGGACAGAGCAGAGUCGGCCAAUAUCAGAUUCGAUGGAGGUAUUGACGCCAUGAAAGCAUCCGGCCUCGUCCUCCAGAACAACGUCGUUGCUGGUUCGGAACGAUCCGGAAUCAGAGUCAGAGGCGAGGAGUGUUCGGGCGAAGCCACAUGGAUCGGAAACGAGGUUCAUUCAGGCAUGAUCGGCAUUACCAUGUUUAUAACCGACGAAGAUGUCGUAAGCACAACGUGUAUAUACUUUGCAAACUUUCUGCUUUGGAGGAAUUAUGACUACGGGAUAUACUACAACCAGGUAGCCAGUCUGAAGGCAAGGUUCAUCACGUCCAUUGAGAACGGAAUUGGUAUAUUCCCAAUGGUGGUGGGACCAGGUGCCCUAAGUCACCAGACUUCAGACAAAUUUGUUGAGGUGUCGGACUCCAUGUUCGUUGGCCAGACCUCAUCCUUCGACUGUAAUGUACACAAGAUCGAUUCAAGCGACGAAAACUGGAGGUUCAGCUCCCAGGCACGAAGCUUUGCCCAUGGUGUAAUAUCAAUGGUCGGUCUUCUGUUCCCUCAGUUUACAGGCGGCGGUAAUGCGGCCCCGGAGAUGGGUUUACCUAAUGUGAUGUCAUACAACUCCAUCAGUGGUAUCAUGACUAUAAAGGAUAUCGUGUUCGCCCGUUUUGGUCCGUCGUGUGAGACGAGUCAGAAUUUCGCCAUCACGACUAACAAGGCCAACGACGACCUCCAGCACCCCGUCAAUCUGGAGAAGCUGUCAUUCUAUUCUACACCUAAAAAAAACCGGGUCUUCUAUCAUCAUCCAAAUGUUGGCAAGAUCAACCCAUCUGACUGUGUGGACAUGGACUGUGAUGCCAUGAAGAAGCUGCUGAUCAGAGACCUGGAUGGCUCCCUGCUGGGUUCUCCGGGUUCCAUCCUCUCCAGGUCGGAAUGGGAGUGGGACGGGGACAGACGAAGAGGUCUGGGAGAUUACAGGAUUCCAAAACAGAUGCUGACAGACCUGGCCGGCAACAGAAUCGAUGUGUCUACGAUAGCUCCAAACAAAGGUAUUGUGCGUAAUGCACAGUGUGCCUUCAAUGACAAAUGGAAUGCUUAUGAAUGUCACGACAUCGAGCACUUGAUGCUGGUCCUUGAGAACAUGGAUGAGGACACAGAGUUGAGACGGCUGUCACCUGUCGCCGUCCUCAGCAACCAAUAUGUCGACCUCAUCAACGGCCCCCAGGACCACGGCUGGUGUGCAGGCUACACGUGUCAAAAGAGGAUUUCAACCUUCCAUGCCUUAGUACCGAAAGGUGACAACAGUGACAUCUACUUCACCGGAACGUCCCCCCAGGUUCUGCGACUCCAACUGCUAAACGCGGACAACACCAAGUCCGCCAGGGUGGGGGUGUAUUACGCCGAACGGCACAGGCUCGACGUCUACGUCGGCGACACGUACAUCAUUCCCAACAAUGGCGAAAUGAAGAACGGCAAGUUCGCCUACAAAAGCGACAUCACCAACACCCAAUGCCUCCCCGACCCGGCGACGGCUACACACGGGGAGAACUGCAUGAUCCAAGAAGAAGGGAUGAUGUUCGUCAAUCUCCGUGGGUCGACACCCGUGGAGAUCCGAACAACAAAUCAGUUCGUUGUCGGGCUGACCUUCAUGACCGAGGAGGAAUUCUUCGGCGAAAACAUUGUCCAGAAUCUCGCCAAGUUCCUAAACGUUGACCCUAGCAAGGUCAGGAUUGUGAAAAUCGUUCGAGCGUCCGGAUCUCGGCGACGACGUGCUGUCACGGAGACGAGGGUGGUGGUGGAGUACGGUGACCCCCCUGGUACCGCCGCGGGAAGCGCGACGUCGUAUGAGGCUCUGGACAGUGCGACUGCAGCAGUAACUAAUGCCGUUGCCCUUGGUAGCCUAAACAUUGGUCCGGGUGGAUCAUACCCUACUAGCGUGACCGUGACCCCACCCCUCCCCCCUGUGGCCAGCGAGGCCUGGAAACACGUGGAGCCCGACACGAAGCCGGUCACGCUGUCAAAGGCUGGAAGGAUGAGCUUCUUUGAACCAGCUGUUGAAGGACGUGAAGGACAACCCUUCCUCACUCCGAUGAGGCUGAGGCUGUACGAUGAUUCCGGAGCUGCCCUUGAGAAACUGGGAACAGAUCUUAACCCAUGGCAGAUUGAAGCCACGUUGAAAACAGGAGCCGGAAGUCACGCGUCCGCCAUGUUGGGAGGAAACACAGUGGUGAACAUGACGGAUGGAUGGGCCAACUUCACCGAUCUUUACAUUUCUCACCUAGGGUCAGAUUACAUGGUAGAAUUCAACGUCAUCUCGCCAGAGUCCAACUUCACAGAGGUCUCCCCUGCUCUAACCAUCUUAAAGAGGGAACUAAGCGCCUACGUAGCCAAUAGAACGGAAAUACCGUUCGAAGACAGUCCAAUGUCUCUCCAACUGAAGCUGAAGGAUAAGGGAACGAACAUGCCCCUGUCGGAUAUAGCGUGGAGGGGUCACACGUGGUCGGUGACAGCACUUCGAUGACGGAGGGCAA